CUCAACGGCUGCCAAACUUUCUUCAGGUCGCGCGACAGGUGCUGGUGGAUUGACCAAUCACAGAGGAGACAAAAGUAUAUGGACCAAUCCGCUUCCUUGUUUUAGCAGUAUGCGAGGAGGUCAUUAUUGGGUUUCUUCAAAUCAGCUGACUCGGGCUUCCGUAGCACAUGACCGGGAAACAAGGAAGUGUUGUCUGGAACAGAAGUCGGGCCGGAGAGGACUCACGAACAACAUUUCACGCUCUUACAAGACGCCGAGCUGAAGGAAAAGACGAACAGCUUCAGUAGUUUAUCAUUAAUUUAUAACAAUGGGUUUAAAUCGCUUGUUUCCGAUGACUUUAUUGAAUUGUCUCCUAAUCUGCGUCACUUUGUGGAGCACCCAGGAGGUGUUUGCCAAAUCAUCCCGGAGACCAAACAUUGUUUUGAUCCUCACCGACGACUUGGACAUCGCAAUCGGGGGUCUGAGUCCACUCGUCAAGACCAAAAAACUAAUCGGUGAUGCAGGGAUAUCGUUCACAAACGCAUUUGUCGCCAGCCCGCUCUGCUGCCCCAGUCGAGCCAGCAUCCUGACGGGGAAAUACCCCCACAACCACCACGUCAUCAACAACACGCUGGAGGGGAACUGCAGCAGCAAAGUCUGGCAGAAGAGCGAGGAAGCCCACACCUUCCCCGCUCUGCUGAAGACGUACGCCGGCUACCAGACCUUCUUCGCUGGGAAAUAUCUGAACCAGUAUGGGCACUCAGAGGCUGGGGGACUGGAGCAUAUUCCUCCAGGCUGGAACUACUGGGUCGGACUGGAGAAGAACUCUAAAUACUACAACUACACUCUGUCAGUGAACGGAAAGCCUGAGCAACACGGAGCCGACUACAGCAAAGACUACCUGACGGACGUCCUGGCCAACAGGUCUCUGGACUUCCUGCAGUAUAAAUCCAGCUACCAGCCGUUCUUCAUGAUGGUGUCCAUCCCGGCCCCUCACUCCCCGUGGACGCCGGCUCCGCAGUACCAGAACAGCUUCAACACCACCAAGGCUCCCAGACACCCCAACUUCAACGUCCACGGGAAGGACAAACACUGGCUGAUCCGACAGGCGAAAACUCCCAUGACCAACUCGUCCGUUCAGUUUCUGGAUGAAGCCUUCAGGAAACGGUGGAGAACUCUGCUGUCGGUGGACGACCUGGUGGAGAAAAUAGUGAAGAGUUUGGAGGUCAGAGCGGAACUGGACAAUACCUACAUCUUCUUUACCUCCGACAACGGCUACCACACAGGUCAGUUCUCUCUUCCUCUGGAUAAGAGGCAGCUCUACGAGUUUGACAUCAAAGUUCCUCUCAUGGUCAGAGGACCAAACAUCAAACCCAACCAGACCAGCCAGAUGCUGGUGGCGAACGUCGACCUCGGCCCGACCGUCCUCGACAUCGCCGGAUACAACGUCAACAAGACGCAGAUGGACGGCAUGUCCUUCCUGCCUGUGAUGGAGGGGAAGCUGAACAGCAGCAGCUGGAGAACAGACAUCCUGGUGGAGUAUGAAGGAGAGGGGAGCACCGUGUCCGACCCCGCCUGCCCUCUGCUGGGACCCGGAGUGUCGGAGUGUUUCCCAGACUGCGUGUGUGAGGACUCGUACAACAACACUUACGCGUGUGUGCGCACAGUCGGCCACUCUGCCAACCUGCAGUACUGCGAGUUCGACGACAACGAGGUGUUUGUAGAAGUCUACAACGUGACAGCAGACCCCUACCAGCUGACCAACAUCGCAAAGACCAUCGACCAGGAAGUCCUGGAGAAGAUGAACCAUCGGCUGAUGAUGCUGCAGUCCUGCUCCGGACAGUCGUGCCGGACUCCCGGCGUGUACGAUGCGAGGUAUAAAUUUGACCCCCGACAGAUGUUUCCGAGCCACAGCUGGCGGCUCAACAGACUCCGGCAGAAGAUGAAGUAAGAAGAAGAAGAGGAGGAGGAGGAGGAGGAGGGGGGCUGCUUUGUAUUUAGUAUUCAGCCUGUCCUGCUGGUGUUGCCUUGUUCCAGCCUCCUGAGUCUCCUUGUAGAGGGAGGAGGGGUCAGGUGGGAGUGAGUGGGGGGGGGACCCACCUUUAAAGCUUCCAGGUCGGGCUGCUGUUUAGUGAGUUUGUCAGUAGGUGAGCAGGGACAUUAUCCAGGAUGGAUUCACUCACAAGCCAUUAAUUCCUGUUGUCUUGUAAACUCCUGUCUGUCGAGGAAAUCACAUCGACGCUGCGAACAGCAGCCAGGUCACGGAAGAUGUUUAACUUCCUCGUUUUAAAAUGCUGCACAGGUCCUCGAGAGUUUUAAUGUUUCAAUGUUUCAAUGCAAAGCGGCGCCUCGAGGCGAUUAAAACAUGCGACCUGUUACUGCAUCGCAUGGACAGAAGGAAGAACACUUCCAUUAUCAAUCGCUUACGUUGGAAACAUUAAAUAUAAAGUGUCACACGUCAGAUCAGAUGUGCUUCUUCAGCAAACAAGCAGUUUUACUAAAUAAAUCAAAAUUAGCGAUUCACAAUUUCACACAUUUGACCUUAAAGACGGCUCGCAGACAAUAACGGUUAAAUAAAUAGACUUUACUCCACGACGAGCUGACGAGCAGCCGGCUGCAGCAACGUAAAGCUGCGAGUGCACAUCCCUCCAGCUGGACACCGGGUUUAAAUAUCACGUGAACAUUUAACAACUUCAAACUAGUCGGAUCUUCACAGAUGCAUCAGAACGUCUGAAUCGUUUGUGGCAUCACCGCGUACGUUAGAGCUCCGACGUGCUUACAGGUACGCUACAUCAUCUCCGUGUUAGAGCACCUUCUUCAUGCUCAGAUUAUUUUGUCUUGUUGAUUUCAUCGUGUUGUACAUUUCAUUUUGAGUUUAUUUAAGUCACAACUGUCACUUUAAAGGGACAGGAAGUCAUACAUUUCUAUGUCGGGGAGGAACAUCUGACGUCUUUGAUCCGUAGCGUUUCACUGAGCCAAAUAUGAAACAUUGUUUCGCUACAGACGUUAACAGGAAGCACGUUCGUCAGGAGAAGGUUCAUCAGUGUCAGUCAGCAGUUUUAUUUCUGUUUCAUGACUUGGAUGUGAGAACUAAUAAAAUCAAUAAAAAUCUCUAUUUGAUAUGUUUCUUCUGCAAACCUUUAAAAAGGAAACUGAUUGGAGUGUGUGUGUGUGUGUGUGUGUUCCUCCUGUACUGAUUCACAGCUGAGAUCAACAUGUGAUUAUAUUUCACUGAUGCACUUUCCAAUCUGUCAGAACUGUUUUAUUUUGAAACCCAAGUUUGAUUUAAUAUUCUUUUUGAGGUUUGUGUGUUUUUGUCCAAAUAAAAAGAUUCUCGAAAUAUCA